GCUGAGGGCGGGCGGGCACAGUGUAGGGUUACAGUCCAUUUAUGGACGCAGCAGAGGGCAGAUAUCAGUGUCGAUGGCAUUCGUUCCCAGCUAUUCUUAGGAGCCUCUCAGGAGCUGCACACAGCCCGGCCAGGCAGAAAGGGACGGAGCAGAGGCCGCCGCUGUCAGCACCGGCAUGUCUUACAGCGUGACCCUGACCGGGCCUGGGCCCUGGGGCUUCCGUCUGCAGGGGGGCAAGGACUUCAACAUGCCACUCACCAUAUCCCGGAUCACACCGGGCAGCAAGGCCGCCCAGUCCCAGCUCAGCCCGGGUGACCUUGUGGUGGCCAUUGACGGCGUCAACACAGAUACCAUGACCCACCUGGAGGCCCAGAACAAGAUCAAGUCUGCCAGCUACAACCUGAGUCUCACACUGCAGAAGUCGAAGCGUCCCAUUCUCAUCUCCACGGCAGCGCCCCCGAUCCAGUCCCCUCUGCCUGUGAUCCCCCACCAAAAGGUGGUAGCCAACUCUCCAGCCAACGCCGACUACCAGGAACGCUUCAACCCCAGCGCCCUGAAGGACUCGGCCCUGUCGACCCACAAGCCCAUCGAGGUGAAGGGGCUGGGCGGCAAGGCCACCAUCAUCCACGCACAGUACAACACGCCCAUCAGCAUGUACUCCCAGGACGCCAUCAUGGACGCCAUCGCCGGGCAGGCCCAGGCCCAGGGCAGUGACUUCAGUGGGGCGUCACCGCUGGCGAGCCUUCCUGUCAAAGACCUCACCGUAGACAGCACCUCUCCUGUGUAUCAGGCUGUGAUUAAGAACCAGAACAAGCCGGAAGACGAGGCUGAUGACUGGGCCCGCCGCUCCUCCAGCCUGCAGUCUCGCUCCUUCCGCAUCCUGGCCCAGAUGACGGGGACAGAAUAUAUGCAAGACCCUGAUGAAGAAGCUUUGCGAAGGUCAAGCACCCCUAUUGAGCAUGCUCCAGUGUGCACCAGCCAGGCCACCACCCCGCUGCUGCCCGCUUCUGCCCAGCCGCCUGCUGCUGCCUCUCCCAGCGCAGCCUCGCAACCCCUGGCCACAGCCGCUGCCCAUGCUGCCACCGCCUCUGCCGCAGCCCCUGCCUCAAGCCCUGAGGACAGUCCAAGGCCCCAGGCCUCUGCCUACAGUCCCACUGUGGCCACCUCUCCAGCACCUGCAGCCCAUACAUACAGCGAGGCCCCAGCUGCCCCUGCACCCAAGCCCCGGGUUGUCACCACUGCCAGCAUCCGGCCUUCUGUCUACCAGCCAGUGCCUGCAUCUACCUACAGCCCAUCCCCAGGGGCCAAUUACAGUCCAACCCCCUACACCCCCUCCCCUGCCCCCACCUACACCCCCUCCCCUGCCCCCGCCUACUCCCCCUCCCCAGCACCAGCCUAUACCCCCUCGCCAGCCCCAAGCUAUAAUCCUGCACCCUACAGCGGGGGCCCUGCGGAGUCUGCCAGCCGUCCCCCAUGGGUGACAGACGACAGCUUCUCUCAGAAGUUUGCCCCUGGCAAGAGCACCACGACUAUCAGCAAGCAAGGCCUGCCCCGAGGGACCCCUGCGUACAACCCGCCACCGGCUCCGCAGGUGUCCCCCCUUGCCAGGGGUACCGUCCAGAGGGCCGAGCGCUUCCCAGCCAGCAGUCGGACUCCGCUCUGUGGCCACUGCAACAGCAUCAUCCGGGGCCCCUUUCUGGUAGCCAUGGGCCGCUCCUGGCACCCAGAAGAGUUCAACUGUGCCUACUGCAAGACCUCCCUGGCAGACGUGUGCUUUGUGGAGGAGCAGAACAACGUUUACUGUGAGCGGUGUUAUGAGCAGUUCUUUGCCCCGGUCUGUGCCAAAUGCAACACCAAAAUCAUGGGGGAAGUGAUGCAUGCCUUGAGACAGACGUGGCAUACCACCUGCUUUGUCUGUGCAGCCUGCAAGAAGCCCUUCGGGAACAGCCUCUUCCACAUGGAAGAUGGGGAGCCCUACUGUGAGAAAGACUACAUCAAUCUGUUCAGCACCAAGUGUCACGGUUGUGAUUUCCCCGUGGAGGCCGGUGACAAGUUUAUCGAAGCCCUGGGGCAUACCUGGCACGACACCUGCUUCAUUUGCGCAGUCUGCCACGUGAAUCUGGAGGGGCAGCCAUUCUACUCCAAGAAGGACAAACCCUUGUGCAAGAAACAUGCACACGCCAUCAAUGUGUAGGGAGCCCAGGGCGUCUGCUGGCAACGAAGGAUUCAAGGAGGCUGAUGUUUCUUUUUGGGGGGAAAAGGGAGAAGACAGGAAGUGACUGAGCCCUUUUGAAGUAUAAUUUUAGUCCUUUCUUCUGCACACAGAUUGUGUAUUUGCAUAGUUCAGACUAGAAGCCAAAUGAAGAUUCCUGAACCAAGCUAGUAAUUAAU